UUCUUCUUCUUCACGGAAGCAGACAAUCCUCCGCACACGACAGCACCGAAGCAGAAGCGCAGAGCAACCGAAGGAGGAAAUCAUGGCGACGCUCACGCAGGGGAUCCUGCUGAAGCUGCUGCAGUCGAUGAACUCGAGCAACGCCCGCGUGGCCGGGGAGCACCGGUCGGCCCUCCUCCAGGUCAUCGGCAUCGUGCCGGCCCUCUCCGGCCCCGACGACCUGUGGCCCAACCGGGGGUUCCUCCUCCACCUCUCCGACUCCCUCCACUCCACCUACGUCUCCCUCUCCGACCGCGACGCCGACCUCAUCCUCUCCAACCGCCUCCAGCUCGGCCACUUCGUCCACCUCGACCGCCUCCUCCUCGCCCCGACUCCCCGUCCCCGCGCCGCCGGCCUCCGCCCCCCCCCCGGCCGCCACCCCUUCCUCGGCUCCCCCGACCCCCUCGUCGCCCGCCUCUCCCCCUCCCGCCGCGACUUCGUCAUCCAGCCCGCCUCCGACCCCGACCCCUCCGCCCCCGGCGCCGCCGACGACCCCAUCGCCGCCUACCUCUCCCGCGGCCGCCCCGAGGAUGAUGGCGGCGUGUUGGCGAGGGCGGAGAGCGACAGGGAGGAGCCGAAGGCGGAGAGGCCUAGGUCGAGGCAGCCCCUCGCGCCCAGGGACAACUUGCCUAACUUGAACUCCGAUGCGGAGGCGAGGGUUUCUGCUCAGAAGCCCUCGAGAUUCUCGUCCCCCGCGACGGCGAAGAGGUCGGGGUCGGUCGGGAAGAAAAUUGCCCCCGUUGCGGAGAGAGAUCCGUCGCCUGCUGGAAAGGGGAAGCGGUCGUCGUCCCCGGCGCCCUCCAAGUGCGUCGUGCCGAGCUUGGCCGCUGCCAAGGAAGAGAACAGGCGGAACUCGAAGGAACCGGCGAUUAUAGUGCCGUCGAGGUACCGGCAACCGUCGCCGAACGCUCGGAGGCAGGCGUCUCCAAGCGCCAGGAGGGCUUCCAUUUCGCCGGGGAGGAGAUUGUCGGGUGGUGUGAAGAUGUCGCCAAUGGUGAUGGACUCGGCGAGCAAGAAGAAGAUGGUGACACUCGCUGCUGGGAUUUCGAAGGUCUCGGAGGCGUUGGUGGGUUCGGGGAAGGCGGGCCGGAAGAACUGGGACGAGCAGCCUGCAUCAGCAUCAGCAGCACCAGCAACGGAGCAGAAAGAGAAGGCUCCUGGAAAGAACAAACCUGAUCUGCAGGCGAUUUUGCGGACUCAGGCUGCUAUAUCCAGACGUCUUAGUGAUGUGACCAGUGGAAAGUCGAACGGUGAUGAUCUGUCAAGCGAUGAGAAGGCAAAAUCUGGAACACCAGAACGGACCACUUCAGCUCCUGGAAUUACCAUUCAUGAUAAGAAAUGGACUGAUGGCAGUGUUUCUCUCGACUCGGUCUCCAAAGAACUUAAUAGGCUUGGCAAGGAGGCUAUGCAGAGGAAACUUAUUGCCUCUAUUGCAGCUGCUCAAGCAUUGGAGGAGGCCAAUGCUACGGAGUCACUAGUGAGGAAUUUGAGCAUGUUUUCAGAACUGUGUUCCACAUCCAAGGCUGGGAAUCCUUUGCCCUCCAUUGACCGGUUCUUCUCCAUUUAUGAUGAGGUCGUGAGAUCGACUGGUGUUGUUAAAUCUCUCUCUAACAGCCGUGCCUGUGCUGACGAUAGUAUCAUCCCCACAGAACAAUCGAAAUUCUCGAUUUGGGUGGAGGCAGCUUUGGCCACUGAUCUUGAGGUUGUCAAUUUCUUAACAAAUCAAGAUAGUGAACCAGCAUCAGCUCUUCAGAAAACAUUGCUCAAACGGCAUUCUGUGAAGGCAAAUGGCAAGAACCAAAUGAAAGUGGCUUCUCCGUCACGUUCCGACACUGCCUGCGUGUGGACUAGGGGUCACGGAAUGAAAGAAACUGUGGACUUUGCAAUGAAGUUGCAGUCUGAGAUGCAAAUGUGGUUCGUCAGUUUCAUUGAGGAUUCCUUGGUUGCAGGCUUUCGGGUGUUCGGACAAUGUGGUGGCGGGAAAGUACUAAAUCUCGACUGCGGCUCUGUUACAGCUGUCUUGUCACACUUGAAGCGUGUGAAUGAUUGGUUGGAUCGCGCGGUGCCUAAAAGCGAUGAGUUCCUUAUGGAAAAGAUCGAGCAACUGAAGCGGAAGAUCUAUGGUUUCGUCAUUCAGCACGUUGGUACGACCUUUGACAACUCCACGUCGGCUGCCGCAUCUUGAAUUUCUGGUUCACCCGAUUAAUAUCUGUCAAGUAUAUUACAUCUGUUCUUUCAUCCUGUUCAGCAUUUUUAUUUUGACCUCAUGAUCUUCUUGCAACUAGCAAGCUUGGAUCAUGCGCAGCACAUAAGGCAUGCAUUUUCUUAACCCGAUUAAUAUUUAUCAAGUACAACCUAUUUCACUGUCUUGUGUAGCAGCAUCUUUCAUCGUCUUCUCAGCAUUUGGUGACUGAUCGAUUAUGUUA